AUGGCGGCGGGCGAGGCGGCGGGGCGCUACCGGAGCACCAUGAGCAAGAGCAAGGACCCCUCGGGGCUGCUCAUCUCUGUCAUCAGGACUUUAUCUACCAGUGAUGAUGUUGAGGACCGAGAGACUGAGAAAGGCCGCCUGGAAGAAGCUUAUGAGAAAUGUGACCGGGAUUUGGAUGAGCUCAUUGUCCAGCACUACACUGAGCUCACCACUGCGAUCCGCACAUACCAGAGCAUCACAGAGCGCAUCACCAACUCGCGCAACAAGAUCAAACAGGUGAAGGAGAAUCUGCUGUCAUGCAAGAUGCUGCUGCAUUGCAAGCGGGAUGAGUUGCGCAAGCUGUGGAUUGAAGGGAUUGAGCACAAACAUGUCCUGAAUUUGCUGGAUGAGAUAGAGAACAUCAAGCAAGUGCCUCAGAAGCUGGAACAGUGCAUGGCCAGCAAGCACUACCUCAAUGCAACAGACAUGCUGGUGUCAGCGGUAGACUCCUUGGAGGGUCCCCUUCUUCAGGUGGAGGGAUUGAGUGAUCUGAGACUGGAGCUCCACAGUAAGAAGAUGAACAUGCACUUAGUCCUGAUAGAUGAAUUACACCGUCAUCUUUACAUCAAAUCAACUAACCGAGUAGGACAACGCAACAAGGAGAAAGGGAGAAUAAGUUCACUUGUGAAAGAUGCCUCUCCUGUACCUCUUAUGGAUGUUACUAACUUAUCUACACCUCGAAAGUUCCUUGAAACUUCCCAGUUCAGUACUCCUGGAAGCUCCAGCGUGCGAGAAACAAGCCUUCUGGAAAUUAAAGAAGAUACGGAACUGGAUCCAGAGGAGAACAGCACUGUCUUCAUGGGCAUACUCAUCAAAGGGCUGGCCAAACUGAAAAAAAUCCCUGAAACGGUGAAAGCCAUCCAGGAUCGCUUAGAACAAGAACUCAAGCAGAUUGUUAAGCGGUCCACAACCCAGGUGGCAGACAAUGGUUACCAGAGAGGGGAGAAUCUUUCCCAGGAAAAUCAGCCUAGGUAA